UGAUGACGCACCCAACCAAAUGAAUUAUUAUAAUGUGGUCUGAGGCUGUCUGAGUCAGCCCACAUCAGUAGCUGCAUUUGAGGUGUUGGCUGCUCACACCAGUCGCAUACCUCCUCUUUGCCACACUGAUGUUACAGCAAGCAUAAAUGAAAAGAAAAACUUGUGAGAUAUUUCCCUAGCUGUUAGAAUUGUCUACAACCAGGAGUGAAGAUGUCGACAGUGUGCAGUUGGUUCACCUUUUUGUGUAUGCGUGACAAUAAGUCACAGAAACCUCGUAAAGUACACCCCAAUUCCAGCAGAUACGAUGCUAUGGUGGUUUGGAAAGGCAAAGCUGAUAAACCAGUACCAAAGUCUGGCAGUCUGGCCUUUGAGGUGAUCCUGAAGCCAGCUUCUAAUGAUAAUCCUCUCCGCCCAGUUUCCCCUCCAAAGAUAAAUCGUGUGGUCUUGUCAGAAGAUGACAUAAAACUCAAGCUGAAGAAGGCAGAAGAGAGGCGGCAGCAGUCGCUGGAAGCGCAGCGUCUUGAGCAACUGGCAAAAGAAAGAGAGCGAGCACAAGAAGUGAUGGCCAAAGCCCAGCAAGAGAGCAAAGAGUUCUCGGAUGCCACCAAAGAAAAGCUGCGCCGGUCUAUGGAAGCCAACAAGGAGAACCGCGAGGCACAGAUCAAGGCUUUACAAGAACGCUUGCGUGAACAUUCCAUCAGAGUUACAGAGACCUGUAGGCAAAGCGACAAGAUGGCAGAAGAGUUUCAGGAGAAAAUCAACAACAAACUUUCCCAGAAGUUUGAAGUGUAUGAAGAGAACAAGCACAAUCAGUUACAGACCAUGCUGAAGCGGCUGAGAGAGCAUGCUAACCACAUCCAGGAAGUGUGCCAGGCCAGUGAGAACAUGGGCAAAGCCUGUGAAGAGAAACUGGUGAGCAAGAUGGAGAAUGCCCUCCGCAAUCGGGAGGAACAGCUGCGUGCUUUGCAGGAACGUCUUCUUGAACAUGAGCGUCGUAUUGAGGAAGUACAGAAGAAGAAGGUAAAUCGUCAGGAAACAAAAAUUGAGGUGGAUGCCUGAAGAAGUAGAGAGGGAUACAUGAAACUCCCCCUCCCCUCCCUCCACCCUGUUCCUGUUCUGUCCUAGUCCUUCCCACCAUCCAUCUCAUGAACAGACCUUUGUUGGCAGUCCAAGGUCAGCUAGCCACUUGACUGAAAACGCAGAGAUAUGUGCCCAACACCGCCACUUGCUCUGAAAUCAGAUUGGGAAUUCUUCUGACGCCUUGUUUUCAGAUAACGCCAGUCAGUUGUCCACAAUUUUUUUUCCCUACUGCACCAGAAUAUCCUGCUAGGCUUUUGCAGAAUGAAAUUUUGUGUUGCACUCAUCAAGAGUUGGUCUGCCCUUGACAGUUGUGCUUUGUAUUUCAGGACAUUUGAAUUUUUGACGGUAUACCCACAUCUGCUUUCAGUCCCAAAUAUUAAUUGAUAUGCAACUGUUUAUGUUUCAUUCUUUUGACUAAAUGGGUUAGUUAAACAUGUUUUUUCUCAACUCUUAUGGUGGUGCUUUUCUCGAUGAGCUGAGUGCUCAAGGAAAAAACCAGAACUUGCCUCAUAAUUGUGUUCAUUUUAUGCAUGAUCUUCUGGGAUGAAAUUGUUGCUUAAAUGUUUGCUAUCUUACAAUUUUUUCUCUCUUCGCAGUAAUCCUUCCAGUAUCACAAAUGUUUAAUUCGUACCAGCUUGCGAGCUCAAUACAUUAACGCAUGUAAGAUGUAUCUUUAUACAUUACCUUUCCUGAGACGACUUUUCAUCCCUUGUCUUCAUUCUUAUGUUGGAUAGCGUAAUUAACAGAUUGCCUAGUGCACUUUUUCUGUUUUGAACAUUUGCUUGGGUUUUAGCUUCUGGUGUUUCAUUAUUUCAUGGUGUGUGUAUCAUCUAAUUUAUUUGGUUCCAUCAGUCUCAUUGUCGUGGCAUAAUCAGCUAAACCCUAGCUUCUGCUGUUACUGCUGCUGCUUCAGACUCAAACUGCCUGUGAAAUUGAAUGCAGUGUUGUUUUUUUAACGGAGGGGAAUUGCUGUGUUUGGUGUUGAGUUUUUCUUGUGAGAGACAGUUUUUGAGAGCUUUUCGAGGGAAAGACAAAAACAGUUUCCCCUGCCUAAUAAGCUUAAAAAUGUUGAUAUGUUGGAGUUGAUGUACUUAAUCUUUUGAAUUUAUUAUUAUUAUUGUUGUUUAUUUGUUUACACAUAAGAUCAAACCAUCCAGAGAAAGGCAGGCUUUGAUGGGCUGCUACUGCAUUUGGAAAAUGUUUCACACCUUUGAAAGCAUUGGAUGCAUUUGUGCAAAGAUAAAGAUGUGUUGCCUUACAGUAUGAUGUGAGCUUGUUGUUUCUUCAUCAUUGUCAUAGAUGGCGUGUUUGAAGUUCACUUUUCAACCAACUUCAGAUGGUGCAUGCAUUCUGUUUUCUAACCAUGUAAGAAGUACUCGUACUGUGUAUCGUCCAGAAAUGACAUUGUUCCCCUCAUUCCCCAACAGUUGUUCUUCAUGUCACCGUAGCUUUUUGUACUAAGCAAUUUUAGUAGAUUCAAUUCCGUUUGGAUUCUUGUUCGAGCUAAAAUUUAGCAUGUGGAAUUUCAGGUUUACUUUCAGUUUGAGCUGUAGACAAUGCUUCAAUAAAGUUUGAGUACGUAUGCUGAAAAA